CUCCCAAGCUCGAGGACCUCAAGACCAACCAGAUCCUCAUCAGAGCAAAGUUCGCCGGCAUCAACUUCAUUGGCGAGCUGCGCCUUUUUUAUUCUCAAUACCUGCGCUCCUGCUGACAAUAUCCCCCCGGCCCUUUCAGAUACCAAUGUCCGCAAAGGUGCAAUGCCUGCUCCACUUCCGCUGAUCCCGGGCAUGGAGGGUGCCGGCACGGUUCUUGCCGCUGGUUCGGACGUGCAGAACCUCUUCCCCAUCGGCAGCAAGGUUGGCUACAUGGGCAUUGGCAUUCAGUCGUACGCCGAGUAUGUGCUGGUCGACGCGUCCAAGGCGGUGCCCAUUAAGGACGAGCAGACGCCGUUCGAGGACAUAUGCGGCGCCAUGAUGCAGGGCAUGACUGCGCAUUACCUCGUCAACGCCGACGGCAGCUACGAGAUCAAGCAGGGCGACCAUGUGCUAAUCCACGCCGGCGCGGGCGGUAUGGGUCUGUUGCUUACACAGAUUGCCAAGGCAAAGGGCGCCGUCGUCACGACGACUGUCUCUUCCGCGGCCAAGGCUGAGAAGAGCAAGGCGGCCGGCGCCAAUACGGUCCUGCGCUACGCCACAGACGAAGGCGCGAGCACCGAUGCCUGGGUCGAGCAGGCGCGCGCUGCGACGCCCAAGGGCCAGGGCUUCAAUGUGGUCUACGACUCGGUCGGCAAGUCCACUUUCACCCACUCGCUCGACCUCGUCGCCAAGACCGGUAGCGUCGUCCUCUUCGGCGCGGCGUCCGGCGCACCCGACCCAAUCGCCCCGCUUAGCCUCGGCCCCAAGUCGAUCAAGCUAACGCGGCCUAUGCUCUUCCACUAUGUUGCGGACGAGGACACGCUCCGCAGGCGCGCGUACGAGGCUCUCGACUGGAUCAAGAAGGGUUAUGUCAAGUUUGACUACGUCAAGGCGCCCCUGAAGGACGCUGCCGACUUGCACGCGAAGCUCGAGAGCCGGCAGACAACAGGUAAGCUCUUGCUCGAGCUAUAAUACCGUUGUAACAUACGAAGCUAUCGGUAUAGUCUAGGCUCGACUUUCGUUUUCAUCCACGAUGCAUGCACUCGACUACCUGAAGGAAGCGCAUCUCAGAAAGGCGCACGCCCAUUUUCUGUCCUGACCAAACCUUGAACUCGAUCACUGAGCUGGCUCAAGGGCAACUUGGAG